AAUAAGGUGUUCGUGAUCAAGAUGAACGCAAUCAAGUGCAUAUUUUUUAGUGAAUUCCACCCAACUGCUGGUCCAAAAAUAACAUAUCAGGUGCCAGAAGACUUUAUGAGCAAAGAGGUUUUUGAUUCUGUACACAUUUACAUCAUCACCAAACCGGAACUUCAGAACAGACUCAUUACUGUAAAUGCUUGGAAUCUGAAGAUAGUUGGCUGCCCGGUAUGCAUUGAUGAUCCCAAGUACAAGAGGAAUGCAUUGAUGUUUAACCUGUGUUUUGUGUUCGACAAAGAUACUCGGACAUGCAACUAUGGAUCAGUUGUUAAGAAAUUAGCAGCUUACUUCACCCAACUUGAGCUUGAAAGUGGCUUCCUGUUUGAUGAGGAGAAGAGACAGCAGAUACCGAAGAUUAUAACGAACAUCCUGACGGACCUCAAUAAAUAUGGAAACUGUGCUAUCCCCAUCAGAGAGUCAUGUACUAUAUACCUGAAGGUGGCGCCAGCUAUAUCUGACCCUCCACUAGUGCAGGACUAUGAUGUGCCAAUACUGUUCAGAGACAAGGAGAGUGUGAUGGCUUUGCCCUUGGAUCUCACUACACAACAGAUUCUGCACUAUGUUGAUGGCUACUCCCAUGUUGCCAAGAUCGCUGCGGAGGCUGAUGUGGAGAUCAACUUGGUCAAAGCCUGCCUCCAGAAUCUGAUACAUUACACUGUGAUUAAACUGAUAUCCAUUUUCCAGUAUUCAAAUGUAUACACAGUAACGCCAGAAAUCAACUCACUAUUUGAAAACACAGCUCUACAGAUGGAAUGUGUCCAAUUUGUAGCAAGAAAAGGUCACACACUGCCGGCGUUCCGCGAUGUGUUCAUGCUGUACUGUUCGUUCAGCCCAGGGACCACAGUCAAGGACAUCUGUAACAGGAUCGGCCCACACGCCCUCAAGGUGGACGAGAGGAAACUAGUUCAGUUCGGGCUGAUGAACGGUCUGAUUCGCCACCUUCACAAGUACCCAGUCAAACUGCCCAACGAACCUGGCCAGUCGUCACGACUACACCACUUCUAUCAGUAUUUUAAUGGGGUUCAUCAUUCAGACGAAAUCUGCUGUCGGCAUGGUAUCAGUCAGCAGGAGCUGGAUGAGCGGAUAGAGAGUGACCCCAGCGUGGUGGCGUGUUGGAAAUGACCAGCUUGACCUGUGACUGAGGACAGAGAUCAGAAUAACAUGGACCUACAAGCAGCCAUGUCAAGUGUGACAGACAUUUGUAACAACCUCAAUAUCAGGGCAUUCCAAGUGGACUGUUUGUUACUGACAUCAUGUGUUUUGAUUCACACGUGUAAAAAGGUUGAUGGCAUCGGAAAGUGCUCAAGACAUUUUUAAGUAUUAAUGGCUGGUGCUACACAACAUGGCAGUGUAGCCGUGUUUCUGAAGCUGUGACUUGUGAAUAUAUUCAAAGGCUGUGAUGACAUUUUCUGCAUGAGGCUGAUGUCAGUGACCCAAGUCAGAAACGAAACAAUCCGUUCAGUGAAACUGAUUUUGUAAAAUUGGUGAAAAUGGUUUGAAAAUGUUUUGAGAAGUUGUACUGUGGUAUGAUGUCAAGAUAGAAAGUAGUGCUAUUUAGCACAGUGCUACAGUAUGGCAGGGAUACAGAAAUGAAUAAAGUGCUACAUUUUUUCAAAA